AUGGCUCAUGCUGAAAAUCACAGAUAUAUUGUUCAGGUGUUUGUGGGAGCGUUGUCUGCACAAUAUGAGGCUCUAUCAGUGGAAGCCUCAAAGCAGACAAGCUCUGAGGAAAUAGUAUGCUGUAUUGCGGAUAAGCUCAAUUUAACUGAUGGAUCUGGUGGACCAUAUGAACUCGCUGAGGUUGUUGGAGACACUGUGAGUGGAGAAUGUAAGGAGAGGCGACUUGGUCCCAAUGAGUCUCCAGUUGCAGUCAUGCUGCUCUGGCCGAAUAACAACACUGACCAGUACUACAGGUUCUAUCUCCGUGAGAAAAUACCAGACGAACCAUGGAUGGAGAAGUUUUCGGUCGAUCCACAGCUGAUAAAAGAUUACUUCCAAAGCCGUUUUGGCAAAUUCAUUCAAGUUAAUUAUAAGGAAAAUGGAAUGGUUCAUGGUGCAGUUGUACAAAAAUAUCUACUGGAGAAGUCCAGAAUAUGUAGUCAGGGUCGUAAUGAGAGGAACUACCAUGUGUUCUACUACUUGUUGGCUGGUGCAUCAGAGCAAGAGCGGGAACAGUUGCAUUUACUCAGUGUAGACAAGUACAAUUAUCUUUCAAAGACUGGUUGUAGUGUAGUGCCUGGUGUUGAUGAACAAUAUGAGUUUUCGAGGUUAAAACAGUCCAUGGACAUGGUGGGCUUCACUUUGGACAAGCAACGCAGGUUGUUUGCAGUCUUGUCAGCCGUACUGCUUUUAGGCAAUGUCGAGUUCCAACCUCAACGAAAAUCAUAUCAUCACGACGAGGCUGUCGGUGUGCGAAAUCCAGAAGUUGUUUCCCUCAUAUCUUCACUGUUGCGGGUCAAACAAGAGACACUGCUUGCAGCACUCACUUCAAAGCGGGCCAGGGCGUCUGGUGAAACUCUCGUCAUCAAUUACAGAUUGCCAGAAGCAAUAGCUACUAGGGAUGCAAUGGCUAAGUGUCUGUAUGGUGCUCUUUUCGACUGGAUAGUAAUGCAGGUCAAUCAUGCUCUACUCUCCAAAAAGGACACGCUACGAGAACAUCAAGGACAUAGUAUAGGCGUUCUGGACAUAUUCGGUUUCGAGGACUUCGGUCCGAACAAUAGUUUUGAGCAGUUGUGCAUCAACUACGCGAACGAGCACCUACAGUACUAUUUCAACCAGCAUGUGUUCAAGUAUGAGCAGGAGGAGUACAGGCGCGAGGGCAUACGGUGGACGGAUAUUGGCUUCUCAGACAACACGGGCUGUCUGCAACUCAUUGAGGGGAAACCGAGCGGUUUACUGUGCGUCUUGGACGACCAGUGCAACUUCCCAUGGGCUACAAAUGAAACACUAUUACAAAAGUUUAGCUCGGUACAUGAAGAGAACCCGUUUUACGAAAAGCCCCAGAGGAGAGAGCCGGCGUUUGUUGUCAGGCACUAUGCCGGCAGAGUGAAAUAUCAGGUGACAGCAAUGAGAGAGAAGAAUCUUGAUCUCAUGCGACAAGACAUUGUGAGCGUUCUGAAAAAUUCAUCAUUGGCUUUUGUGAGGGAAUUAGUCGGAGUAGACCCUGUGGCAGUGUUCAGAUGGGCGAUAGUUCGUGCGUUUUUCAGAGGCUACUUUGCCUUCUUAGAAGCUGGCAGAAGACAUAGAGUCCACAGAGCGGACGGUGCUUCAAGAGUACCUCGGCCAUCAAUUCCAUCAGUCAAUGAUAACAUAAUAAGCCAACUGGUGACAGUAUCGUCAAUCAAUCUUGCAAUCAACCGCAUUGCGACGCCGCACAGGGCGGGGAAGGCGCGCGACACGCCCCCCCGCGCGAACAGCGACAGUAGGCAGCGCGCGGAGGCGGCGCGCGCCGGCGGCAGGGGCGCCAAGAGUUACAGGACCGCCGAGACGAGGACGCGCCGCGUCGAGCGCGAGUUCGACGACGCGGACGUGAUGCAGCGCGCCAGCCAGAUCGUACUGAAGAACAAGUCGUUCAGGCCGAGGGAGCGCGCCAAGAAGGGCCUGAAGAAUCUGCAGAGCGUGAAGACCCUGGCGGGGCGGACCGCCGCGCCGGCCGGCAAGAGGAAGCAGCCGAUGACGGUGGCGGCCCAGUUCCAGCACUCGCUCGCCGCUCUGAUGGAGACCCUCAAUCAGGCGAACCCGUUCUUCAUCAGGUGCAUAAAGUCGAACGGCGACAAGAUAGCGAACGUUUUCGACGAGGACACCGUUCAGCGGCAGCUGCGCUACACGGGCAUGCUGGAGACCGUCCGCAUUCGGCAGGCGGGCUACAACGUGCGCCUCACCUACGAGGAGUUCAUCCAGCUGUACAGGAUCCUGCUGCCCAAGGGGCUGCUCAGCUCGCAGACGGACGUGAGGCACUUCCUGGCCACCCUCAACCUGGACAGGGACAACUACCAAGUCGGAGCUACGAAGAUCUUCAUGCGGGAGAGCGAACAGAGGAAACUCGAGUAUCGGCUGCACCAGCAAAUCAUGGCUUCGAUCAUCACCAUCCAGCGCUGGCAUCGGGCAGUGCUGGAGCGACGGCGCUUCCUCGCCCUGCGGAGAGCGGCACUAGUCAUACAGGGAUAUUGCCGGCAGUGGAUAGCGGCACGGCACGAGGCGGCUACUCGGCUGCAGGCGUGGUACCGGGGUGCGCGCGUCCGCCGCUGGUACGUGCGGCUCAGGGCUGCCGCGGUACGGUUCCAGGCGCACGCGCGCGGCUUGCUGCUGCGGCGCGCGGUGCCAGCCCUGCGCACGCACGCGCGCCCCCUCGCCGCCCACCACCGGCAGCAGCGCCCGCCGCGCCCCCUCGCGCAGCAUGAAAGUAGCGCGCCCACGUUGCCCGAGGAGUACAGCUCGUCGCCGGAGUUCGACAGCAGCAUGCUUGUGCUGAAGAACAUCAUGGAGCUUAAGCUAGAUGCACUUUUCGAUGGAUCCAACAGUGGCAGAGCUUUGCGCGCUACGUACUCGCUGCCCGUAGACAGCUGGGAGAACAAACACGACGUGGAAAGUAUCAUCGCCAAAAAUCAAAAGAAGAGAAUUUCGAAAACGCAGAAUGUCAACGAGAUGCCGCUCAAGCAUUCCAGUUCGAGCCUGGUGAGCCAAGAGGCGAACGAGUCGUCGCCGGAGGAGAGCUGGAGCGCGAACAACGGCGGCCGGUGCAGGGCGCAGAGCGGCGUGGCGGUGCCCAGCAAGAUCACCGCCGACGACCUCGCCAACGAGCUGCUCUGGCUCAAGCUGGACCGCGACUACAUCAUCACCGAGCGGAACAAGAAAAGGGAGCGGGAGCUGGCCGAAUCGCUGGCCAGCAGCAGCGAGGAGUACCUGCGCAAGGUCAGCGACUGGAACCAGACGGACACCGACGACUCGAGCCUGACCAAUGCGAGACGCACCUCGCCCCAGCUGUACCAGCGUAGCCUAUCGAGCCUUCUCAGUCUGCCGCCAGUCCGCCGCUCUCCGAGGGACCACGCCAACGCAUUGCAACGCGCCCUCGACCACAACUCGGAUGCCGCGUGCGUGUCGGCGCAGCGUGCCGUGGAGCGGGCCACGGAGGGCGCGUCCGCUGCCGCGCCCGCUGCCGCCUCCGCUCCCGCGUCCGCGCCCGCCCCGCCCGUGCGCGCCUCCCGCCGCUCGCCGCGCGCACUGCCGCCCGACCUCGUCGACCUGCAGCUCGGAGACCGCACCGACGCCGCACCCCGCCCGCUGCCCGCUCCGCUGCCCGAACGAGACAUCGUGAGCGCACGCGUGGAGGCCGGCGGCGCGCGGCGGCGGCGCAACUCGGACCCCGCGCCUGGAGCGCCCGAGAGGCGGCCCGGCCUUCGACCCGACCUUCGGCCCGACCUUCGACCCGACCUUCAGCCCGACCUCCGCCCCGCCGACCCCCGCUCCACGGACUACAUCGGCCAGACGGGGAACGGCCUAUUCCGCAUCGCAGGACACAGGUUUCGUAAGGGCACGCGUUUCGCGAAAGGUGACAAGUGCGUGUACUGCCAUCAGGCGAUCGACGCGUUCAUCACACAGGGCCAGCGGUGCAUCGACUGCAAACAGCUGUACCACACGAAGUGCAUACAGAACAAGGGCGUGAUCACGAUGCCGUGCUCCAGCCCGGUGACGAUAUCGCCAAGGGGCCGCCACAAGUAUCGCAAGAGGAUCACGAAGGACUCCGCCUACAACUCCCUCUCGGACCAGUCCAAGAGCUCGGUCAGCUCCAACUUCAGCCUGACCGGCACGUCCGAGUUCAUGGACAGGACAGACAAGAUAAUAUCCGACGCAACGGAACUGCAAGCGAUGCAGAACUUCAUCACAAAGAAAAUUUACCAAAUGGAAUCGUCCGAGAACGAGAAACAAUCGGAGGUGGACAGGGUGUUCAAGCACGCGCUGCGCGAGUUCAAGGACAACCUGGUGGCGACGUACAGCGUGGUGGAGACGCGCGGCUCGGCGCUCAAGUACAAGGACCUGAUCGGCAACUUCCUGCACGUGAUGGAGACCGUCUGCGCCCGCGAGGGCUCCACGCUCUCCAUCACGAUGGGCGUCAACGCCUUCCGGGGCUUCAUGGACGAGUUCAUGAGCCAGCACGAGACCGACAAGGCCAGGACCAAGAGGAAAAAGGACAAGAAGCGAAAGGUGGACGAACCAAUUCAGUACAAGGGACACACAUUCAUUCUCUGCAUGAUCAACAUCCCUACGGAAUGUGAAAUCUGCAAGACCUUCUUCAUGUGGCCAAUUGAGCGCUCACUUAUUUGUCAAAUGUGCAAGUUGACCUCGCACAAGAAGUGCUACAUGAAGGUGACGACGCAGUGCAGGAAGGACUCUGUGACACCCAGCGCAGCCAUCGUUGGUGCAGUGGAUGCUGGUGGAAGGGAACAGUAUGGUGUUCUCAAACGUGGGAAGGUGUUUGGUGUGCCAUUAAGCGAGUUGCCGACAGGAGAUGGCAACAUACCCAUCGUCGUUGACAGGUUGAUCACGACCAUAGAGAUGACAGGCUUGUAUACGGAGGGAUUAUACAGAAAGAGUGGACUCAGUUCUAAGGUGCGCGAGCUGCGCUGGCUGCUGGACGAGCGGCCGCAGGAGGGCGUGGAGCGGCUGGACUCGUACGCGGUGCACGUGCGCGCCUCCGUGCUCAAGAGCUUCUUCCGCGAGCUGCCCGAGCCGCUGCUCACCUUCGACCUCUACGACGACUUCAUACUCGCCGCCGAGAUCACCGACCCGCAGGAGCGAGUUUCAAGUAUAUUUACAAUUUUAAAGAAAUUACCCAAGCCAAAUUUUGAUCUUGUGGAGAGGUUGAUAUUCCAUUUGGCGAGGGUAGCCUUGGGUGAAGAUCACAACAGAAUGGGCCCGAACGCGCUCGCGAUCGUGUUCGCGCCGUGCAUCCUGCGCACGCACAAGGUGCAGCCGGCGCAGGACUCGCUGCACGACAUCGCGCGCCAGACCGCCUGCCUCGAGGCCAUUCUCGUCGACAAGAUGCGCACGGUGCGCGGCAUGCUGCAAGAUAUCGCGACAUUGGACACGGCGUGCCACACGGCCUCGCACCGGCUCUGGUCGCUUCGGCUGGCCGCCCACGCGCCCCGCGCCGAACAGCAACUGCUCGAGGGCCACAUCAGCGAGAUACAGAAGGAGAAGGAGAUACUCACCAACAAUCUUCCCACUCUAAUCAGGGCGACAUCUGACGACGACUUGCUGUCAACAACGGAUCACGACGGCGAAUUUGGAAGCACGGACGAUCUAAGCACCGGUUCGGCUUCGCUGCGCUCACAACGCUUACUGCACCGUCAACUCUCCUCAGACGACCCCAUAAUGGUG